GUGACUUUACUGGAGACAUCGCGUUUGCUCGUUUUGAUGGAAAUUAUGCAAUUUUUAGACAGCGACACUCUUUGCCUUGUCCUUGUGUCUCCAGACGCACCAGUGUGGCUCAUUUAGCCGUGAUGACAUCAUGAUGAGUGCUGGGGACACUGGUCUUUAAUGUGAGAAACAAACCUUGCCACUGUACAGUCAGACUACAAUUGAUUGACAGGCAACUAGAUGUUUGAUUGGUUCCCAAUAAUCGGCUUGCAGCAGCAGCAGCACGCGGAGCAGACUGUGAGAUUUGUUUACAAAGAAAGCUAAAAACACUGCUGAGCGGGGGGAAGGCGAGCCUCAUGAGUCGGCCUCGUGGUUUGCAUCGACAUAAUGGAUUUAACUAAGAUGGGUAUGAUCCAGCUCCAAAACCCCAACCACCCCACUGCCCUGCUGCAGAAGGCCAACCAGAUGCGUCUGGCCGGGACUUUGUGCGACGUGGUCAUCAUGGUGGACAGCCAGGAGUUUCACGCUCACCGGACUGUGCUCGCCUGCACAAGCAAAAUGUUCGAGAUCCUCUUCCACCGCAGCAGCCAGCAUUACACCCUGGACUUCCUUUCACCAAAGACUUUUCAGCAGAUUCUGGAGUAUGCUUACACUGCCACACUCCAGGCCAAGGUGGAGGACCUAGACGACCUCCUGUAUGCAGCAGAGAUCCUGGAGAUUGAGUAUUUGGAAGAGCAAUGCCUCAAGAUCCUGGAAACCAUCCAGUCGUCAGAUGAGAAUGACGUGGAGGUGAAUGUCAACGAUGGCAGCACAGAGGAGGACGACGAGCGCAAAGGCCACAACGGAGCCAAGAACUCCAAAAAGCAUUCCAUGGAGAGCCCGUAUCUGUCAGGUAACCAGCAGGUCUCCAUCAUGGCUGGCAUGGUGGACCAGAGUCCGUCUGUGUCCACCUCCUUCGGUGUCUCCAACCUGAGUCCCACCAAAGCUGCUGUGGACAGCCUGAUGAGCAUCGGGCAGUCUCUGCUCCAGCAGGGCUUCACAGGAGAACAGCUCAUCCACGGGAACUCCCACCACCUGAUGACCGAGAUCAAGACCGAAAUGAUGCAAGUCGACAUGGGCGGCAACGGCCACGAUAGCCCUCAGAACAUGGAGUCCAGCGCCUCCAGCAAUGGAGAGCGAAGUGGAGAGGACAGGAACAGAGAUGGUCCAGGGACACCAACCAGGAGCAGCGUAAUCACCAGCGCCCGGGAGCUUCACUACGUCCGCGAUGAAAACAUGAGCGACCAGCAGGCUGAAGUCAGCCAGAUGGGUCUGGAAGCGAUGGCUGGGAUGACGGAGAAACAUCUGGCCUCGCUCUACUCCCUACCUAUCAAUCAUAAGUCGGAUGCCAUCAUGUCAAUGCCGGUAUCCAUGGCCUCCGCUCUCCCCAUGUCCCCGGCCCUGGCUAUGUCUAUGGACUUCAGUGCCUACGGGGGACUCCUGCCGCAGAGCUUCAUCCAGAGAGAGUUCUUCAGUAAGCUCGGGGAGCUGGCAGGGGGCAUGAAACCAGACAGCAGGAACCAGCACGAACGUUGCAAUGUUUGCGGUGCAGAACUGCCAGAUAAUGAAGCCGUGGAGCAGCACAGGAAGAUGCACAGUGGAAUGAAGACCUACGGCUGUGAGCUGUGUGGGAAGAGCUUCCUGGACAGCCUCCGUCUACGGAUGCAUUUGCUGUCUCACUCAGCUGGUGAGAAGGCCAUCGUCUGUGAUCAGUGUGGUGCUCAGUUCCAGACGGAGGAAUCCCUGGAGGCCCACCGGCAGAUCCACACUGGCUCGGACAUGGCGAUCUUCUGCCUCCUCUGUGGGAAGCGUUUCCAGACCCAGACAGCGUUGCAGCAGCACAUGGAGGUCCACGCCGGCGUUCGCAGCUACAUUUGCAGUGAAUGCAACCGGACUUUCCCCAGCCAUACUGCACUCAAACGUCACCUACGCUCUCACACAGCAGGGGACCAUCCAUUCGAGUGCGAGUUCUGCGGGAGCUGCUUCCGAGAUGAGAGCACGCUGAAGGGCCACAAACGCAUCCACACCGGGGAGAAGCCCUAUGAAUGUAACGGCUGUGGGAAGAAGUUCAGCCUCAAGCACCAGCUGGAAACCCACUACCGUGUGCACACAGGUGAGAAGCCAUUCGAGUGCAAGCUGUGCCACCAGCGAUCCAGGGACUACUCGGCCAUGAUCAAGCACCUGCGCACCCACAACGGCGCCUCGCCCUACCAAUGCACCAUCUGCCUGGAGUACUGCCCCAGCCUGUCAGCCAUGCAGAAGCACAUGAAAGGCCACAAGCCCGAAGACAUCCCUCCAGACUGGCGCAUAGAGAAGACCUACCUGUACCUCUGCUACGUCUGAGGCCGGAAAGAGCGAACGAAGAGAGGAAGGUUAUGGGUGAGGGAGGGGGAGGGGGUUGAGAGGUGAAGGAGAAUGUAAUAGAGCAAAGAGGGGAAGCUUGAGGAGUGUUGAUGAUCGAGGAAUGUCAACGGCAAGAGACUUGAAAGCAAGAGGGUUUGUUUUCUCUUUUUUCUUUUCAUGCAAAGGCGGCAACGACCGACUGACGGGGUGAAAAAGGGGUGGCGAUGAUGGGACAAAAGUGCUAAGAAGAGGAAGACUUGGACACGGAGAGAGAUUCUCCACCAUUGUUCGGAUUCAUCGGGUCAUUCACUACAUCUGCAACUGUGUUUGUUGUUUCAGGUCAUUUUCAUGCAGCGCCAGAAAGCAAGCAAGCUGUAAGGAAGUGACUUUAUGGACGCUGCUGCUAGGAGUGAGAACGCAGAUUCUCAAGGGCUAUCUGAACUGAAACAUGUCCACCAUCAGGAACUGAAUCUUUCACUCCAUUAUGACUUAUUUCUUCUCCAAACUGGGGGUUUGGAGUCUUUUCCAUGCUAGAUUGGUAUUUGUUUGUUUACAUCCAACUGGUUCCAUCAAAAUUAUAUGGAUCACAUGAAGAAUAUGUGAAUUUGAGCUUUCACUGGCUCCCCAAGACCUGGAGACCUUGUGGCUUUCAGAAGCCACUUUCGCCAAAUGUCAACAGCUGUUCGUAUUUUGGUUUCACUGCACCACAACAAACCAAUCUGGAAGCUGAACUGAGGUGUAUUUCAUCAGUUUCACCUCAACAAACAACUUGAUAUUAGGAAAUGAACGCUCUUGAGUUUGAAUUUACUGCUUUAGGUAAAAGGUUCCCCUAUUUCUUUACAUCCUGAAUGGGAGAUGUAUCUCUUUCGCAGCUUCCCAUCAAUUCUUCCAAAGCAUAAGUCACAUAUCUUCCCAGUUUUUGCAGGAUUCUGCCCGUCUAUGUGCACGAGAUCCUUCAGAUCUCGGCGUGGCAGUGAGAUAGCCCCUGAGAAUCUGCAGCCGAAUCGGUUUGAGGUAGAGUAAACAGUUGAACUGGAUGAAUGGGAGCACUAAAAUAUCGCAAACCAAGCGUCUGUUUGGUUUUUAGGGGAGAACAAUGCUUGAGCUGCUUUUUUUUGUUGGAAGUCUCCCCAGUUUUCUCAGUAGUCUUCCUGGUUCUGCAUCUCCGGUCGAGUCACCACUGGCCAUUCAUGGUUCUCUGCAGAGAGCCAAAGGCUGACAAGCAUCACUUUUUCAUCAUAUACCUUUUAUUUUAUUUUUUUAGCUCUGCAUCGUUGUUUAUCAUGGCUUGAUUGCACAGGUAAAACAAAUCACGACAACAGUCUCUGUUUGACGUCUGCAAGUAUAUCUUCUUUCAAUACAUCAUUACUCCUAUUACAGUACGCCACAUUAAACCCAGCCUAUCUACAUACUCAGCAAUAGAUUACUGGACUGCUUGUAUCCAUGUACAUUAACUUGAUGACUAUCUCACACUAAUGAUGAACUACACAAACUGACACACAAACGGUAACACUCUGACCACAACAGAUCUGUCCAUUCACCACAGUGAUGGAAGACAAAAUGGGAAAAUGGUAAACCGCUGCUUUCCGUGGGGAGUCCUGUGACUUCAACUGCUCGUAGUGAAUGUUGAAGACGUGCUGGGAAUGCCUUAGCUGCUGCACACCUUGCGCUGAAGGUGGCGCGGCUGGUUGAAGACUGUUAUACGGCAUCAAAAAUAUGAAUGUGAAAGACUGUGAGCCGGGUUCAUACUGGGCUGUGUGGGGAUGAACAGUGAGGUUAUGCUGCUUUUCACUGAAAGCCAGAAACCUAAAAGUCCUUGAUCUAACUGCAUUUUUAUCACUUCACUUCACAAUGGUAUCCAUUUUUCUGUGGCUUAGGUUGGAAGCUCAAACACUGAUGUAAUAUCAUACUGCUGUAAUCAGGGUUAUGCAUCCUCUUUUACGCUCACAACUAACGGGCAACUGAAAAGACAAUGAAUAGUGACAACCUAAGGGUCUUAGGGAUAUAUUCAUAGGUGGAAAACAAUAUUGGACAAAGCCUGGGUGACAUUAGCCAUUGGUUACUGAAGAGCACUAUCAGUCAGUGGCAGUCACUAUAUUAGAAAUGCUGUUUCACCCUAACCUUAGAUCAACCAAGAGACAAAGAGGUGAAGCUGAGGCAGGGGUUAAGCCUCCUGAGAAACAGCCCCGGCCUGCUUGUAGUCAUAAAGCUCAACAUUGCCCACCCACUUUUUCAGCAACUCUGAUUCCGGAAGUAAACACGCCAUUCAAAUCCCCCGUAGGCAUUUAGCAAAAUCCUUAUUCUUACACUUUCAAAGCAUUGAAGCAAGCUAACCAGUUACCUGCAUACUCAUGGCUGUGCAAUAUUUGAUUAAGUGCAAAAAUAGCAUUCAAAAAAGUAGUAAAGGUAUAAAACUUUACCUUGCCUUUUUCUCUUCUUUUUGGGUAGCUUGUGCAAAAAUGAGAUCUGAAAAGACAGAAUGCCAUUUUUGCGUGCCCUAGCCCACAAAAACUAUUUGAAAACAGAGAAAGAGGGAAGAUACAAGACUAUACUUUUGCCUUUUUCUCCAAUUUCGAAUGCUGUUUUUAUUCAUGGGUGAAGGAACUGCCUAUCCAACAGUCUAUUCCCAUUCAUAACUUCAUUACAGGAUAGUUUAUCAAGCUUUCAAACCAUACAUGUACCUUUUUAUUACACUUAAUAGAAUUGUAAUGUUUACAUUUUACGCAAUAAUGUUCAAAAGUAUCAUAAUUUACAUAUUUAUCAAUUUAUACUAUGUGUUGCCAUUCAAUAGCCAACAGACCUUGUGGGUGCAGUAGUCAUUUUCAUAGUUGCAGGAAACUCCACCAAUCAGAGGCAUCACUCUGGCACUCUAGGAUUGUGGGUGCUGUAGUAUUUUUUGGCUGGGAUCACAAAUGAACUAGGUUUUUCUUAAAAACAGGUUGAUCUCUGACAAACUUUUAUCCUCUACAGGAGCACAUACUAUCUUUUACUGUUAGGUAGCUCUUGAUAAGUCUCAUAUUCUUCUAACAUUAUGGCUAUAGAGAAAAUGAAUGGGAAUUUUCCUUCUGUAGCCAUGCUAUUGAGCACUACAUAUGGAUAUAACAUAUGGAUAACAGUCCAAUAUUCUAACAUGUUUAACAUUGUAUUGUCCUUUGCCAGUUAAUUGUAAUGACUUGGUUCAGGACAUUUUAACUUGCAAGAGUUAAAAUCUGUGUGUUUGCAGGACAGUCUCCCUAAAAGUGCCUCGCCUUCAACUUAAUUUUUAACCACACAGGCUGCCACUCGCUCUAACUUUGUGGUAAAUCGUGUAAAUUAGUUGUUUAGCUUCUGUCUGAGAAAAACGUAUCAAACAGGGGCACUCUGAUCACAACAGACCUGUCCAUUCAACAGCAGCUAUUUUAGCUAACCUUUCAGUCGUAAGAAAGAUUAAUAAAUUAAUAAAUAAAGGUAAGAACCCUGUAAGAAAAUAAUUUAGAAAUGUCAAACUUCAUCUCGGACAAGUUUAUUAAAGCCUGGAAAUAGAUUUUUCUUCUUAAUCAUGUCUCAAACAAACAAAUCCGUGUGCUAGCUAGAGGGAGCUAAUGCUAGCUCUCAUGCUACAUUAGCUAAUUUGUUAUCAAACAUGUUGUUUCACCCUAAAACAUGGCUGAGUGUUCCUUUGGUUGUACAGUAACAGCUUACUUUCCAGUUUUGUUUAAUUAUAAGACUUUAAAAUGAUGACAGUUCAUGAAAUUUGCAGCUUUUAUGCAACAUAAAAGCAGGACUCAGCAGUAAGAUGUUUCUAGCAUGUUAGCUUCCUAACAGAGAAAAAUGGCUCCUUUGUGAGAAUGGUGGCUGUUUAAUGUGAUAUGAUUUUCUCUGUCUCUCUGUCUAGCUAUCUAGCUAGCUUUCAGUGCUAUAAGAUGACACAAAGCUAAUUUUUUUUUUUAGCAUUCGGUGCAUGAAAAGCAGCCCUGAUUAACUGUUAAGUUUCUACAUUUUUCUCUGAAAAGCAGCGUUCGGCCUGUUUUUCCUGUGCAGCCGCAGAUACUAUGGUUGAACCUCUGGCUUUAUUUAGCAUCACUGCAUUGUCACAGCGUUACCGGGUUUGAUCACAUAUCCAAAAGGCCGGUGGGAGAAAAAAAAAAGGGGGGAAAUCACUGUCAGGACGAGACACGGCCCAGCAGCUCAGGGGGCGACCAGUAAGACGACAGAAUAAAUCAACUCUUUCUCUGUGGUUUUGUCCCUGCGCUUCGUCUCUCGUCUCCUGUCGUCGUUGUUGUUCUUGUUGUUGUUGUAAUCGUUGUUGUUGUUGCUGUUGUUAUUAUUGACCUUGAGUUUGAUCUCAACACAUCGUACUUGAAUUACCGCGUUUUGUGACCUCAUGUUGCUUGUGUAUUUUUUAAUUUUUCCCUUUUGUUUCAUUUGUACACUUUUAUUUUGUUGAUAUGUCGGAAAAGAUGCAUUGCACAACAUGAUGAAGCAAUGUGUACGCAGAUAAAAAAUAUAAGUGCCACGGUGAAGAGAUUUUUUUGUUUGUUUUUCUAAUGCUGUGUAUUUCUUUGUGCAUUAUUUGUUACCAAACUUGGUAUUAUUAACCCUGCUUGUUAAUGAGCCGACAGGUUUGGUCAUUUGUUAUAAAAGCUACCUCUAAGUUCAUUGUUUUUGGCAAAAGCACAUUUUUGUGUGUGUUUGUGUUUUGCAUUAUUUCAUCAUUGCUACUUCAUCUCAUGCUUAUUUUUAUUUUCAAAAGUUGAUUUAUGAUUGUGUUUUUAAGCAAAGUGUAUAUAAAGGGUGAGAGAUUACAAACAUAGAGGUUGAUAGGAUUGGUAAAGUCAUUCAAACGGAUGUUUAUUCUUCUCUUAUAGUCUCCCCCUGCACCUCCGACAACAGACGAGCAGAGAAAAAAGCAAUUUUGAAGCCUUAAGUGAUGAGGAAGAGGGAUGCGGCAGAUAAGAGGAAGUACUAUUGCUUUUUAAGAGGGUUUAAAAACGAGAAUUUAAACUUGAAAAUAUGUGAAUAGAAGUGUAGUUUUGUAAUGUGAAAAAAAAGAAAGGUUCAUCAACUGAACCGCAGAGGACAGGUCAUAUUUGCAGUGAUGCAGUGUGCGUUGGACAAUUGGAACUGCAAGUGGUAAUCAACAACUAAAAAAUAAAAGAAAAAAGAAGGUUAAAAAUAGAGAUUCUCUCGGCUGAUUAAGCUCUCUUGAGAAAUGAGCGUAUUCCUGAACAAGAGCCAACAGAGGCAAUUUGAUAUAUAAAAAUUGUGAUAUUUUUGUAUUCAGUGUCAGUCCUUUUUCCAUUUGUGGAGGGUUACAGCAGGGCACAAAUAUUUGUAUUUCUUUUUUUUUUUACCUGUUUUAUUUUCUCUCUCUGGGUGUGAAUCAUUUUUGCCUUGCUCCUCUUUGAUAUUGUUGGACAAAAAAACGUGCGUGAACAUAUUGUAAUAAUAAGUGUUGCUUUCUGGAUGUCAAUUGCAUUGUAGGUGAAGGACUAAAUCUAUCCGCCACAAAUUUUACGAGUGAGUGUAUGUGACAAAAAAAAGAAAAAAACUGAAAAAAAUAUGAUAAAAUAUGGGACGGCAGGGGGACGCUGCCAAACCGACGAAUUAGUACUUGUCAUUCACAAUUUUUCAAUCAAACUUGACUGUCGCCAUGUUUUUGUUUUUGUAUUUGAAAAAAAAAAAAAGAAGAAGGGAUGGCAUGUCCCGUCGGUGUCUUGCCAUUUUAUUCUCAAACACUGUGAGCUGAGGGGCUUUUCCACCCUCGUGUAAUACCCACCCACUCUAAUACAGUCACGGCUCAGUCUGAACCACCACAAUGCAAAGCGAUCAGUCACAUUGUUCCUAUCAUCGUCCUCUGAAUGUUUUCUACUUUCUCGUGCGGGUGAACGAGUGCGUCAAAGAGUGUGUUACUAUGUGUGUGCAAACGUGCGUGUUUGUGGAAAAAUGCACUAAUCAGAUCAGAUACAAAAUAAAAUAUUCUAUGCCACUUUUUUCUCUAUGUUGGAAAAAAUAUAUAUAUACAUUGGCAUUGUUAUAGUUCUUCCCUCAGUGUUCCUCCGAUGUUUCUGUACUAUCUUUGUGCCUAAAAAUGGAAUUUGUUCAACAAGAGUAUCCAUCUAUAUCUGCUUAGUUUCUGUAUUUUCAGAAGAAAAUAAAAUGGUGUCUCCAGCACCCUAGGGAUGUCAUGACGCUCGAAAUUGACCUGAUUUCUUUUUGUUUUUUAAAUCCUGAAUAGAGCAGGGCUUUUCCUCCUUCAAGGUCUGCGAUGCUUUUGAAACAGCAGCGGGGAUCUGCUUCUUUUCUUUGGCCGUACUCUGUGAUUGGCAUCCAAAAGCAAACUCUAACAAUCCGCUCCUUUAAAAUAGUAUUUUUGCAAGAAAAUUCAGCCCCAUCAAGUUUUAUUUUUCUCUUUUUUUUGUCAGCAACAGGUUUGCUGAUGACUUAAAUUGCUCUUGCAAAAUAAAAGUAAAGAAUACUUCUGUUUCUUUUAUUUUAAAGUACUUUCCCCUCUUUUUUCGACAAGAUGCAUUUAGAAGGGGGAUGUAAAAUUUGUCAGAGAGGAUUCAUGGCAUCCCUGGAGCUGGCACUCUGUGUUUUGGUGUGGUGUUUCUAGAACAAAAGUAGCCAUUUCAUGCAGUGUUUCAAUGCAUGUGCCAUCGAGGUCUAGACUAAAAACUGUUUGAGUAACAAAGCACCAAGACAUUGUAUUUUUUAUAUUAGCACUGAGGACCAAUUGCCCUGUCGGACCAAGCAUAACAAAGCUUUUUAUGUAACAAAGCUUUUCUCUCUGUCUUUCCCUGGCUUGUCUGUGCUACUUCUCUCCUCCAUUGUUGUGACAGCACAAGUGCCAGUCGAGUUGCUCUGUAUUAAGAAAAUAGUGUUUUUAUUAUGAUUUGAAUUGUUAUAGUUUUUGUCUACCUCAGCACCUAAUCUUAGCCUAAUCUUAGAAGGUGCCCAAUUAUUAUUUUUUAUUUUCUUUAUUUUUGUUCUCUUAUUGUUGUCGGUUGUAUAAGUUUUUGAAAAAUUUGCAUUAGAGCUUUGCAAAGGUCCUUUGUCUUUUCCAGCGACAACGUGCUAUGUUUGUUUGUUUGUUUAUUUUUUUUUUCCUGUGGCAGUACGUUUCCUGUUGAGCUGUGCCACCAAUCUAUAGCCACCGUCUGUUGAUAUAGAGGUUGUUCUUUUUUGUUUCUUUCCAUGUAGAAUCAGACACCUCUCUUUGUAACAUUUCAGUGUUCUCUGAUGGAGUGUGAAAAAAAAAUAAAAAUAAAAGAUUUAAUGCUG